AUGAGUUUAUCAGUGGAUGUUGCUGAUAAUUAUGAAAAGCACAGAUUGAUGAUUGAUAUCAAUGGGCGAAAAAUGGAUAGUGUACAUGCUAUGUUCCACAACAGUUAUACACUUCCACAAUCGGUGAAGGGAAUGAGGAGUGGUAAAAAGUACCAUAGUUACGCUUAUCCGCAUGCAUUCCCAGCGGAAAUGAUGAAAGAGGCGGGUGCGAAAAGUUUUAUUCGUCCAAAAGAUGACCGCUUUCUGGGCGGAGUCGCGACCCCAGCCGCUAUCGUUGCUGCGACUCGCAAUGCGGUCAUGGUUGCGGCUGCUUUUGCACAGCAAAUGCGGUGUUGCAUGCCCGCGGUAGUUGAUAAUCAACUCCGGAAAUUUGAAACGGAUCCGGAAAUCAGGCAGUUAAUAGGUCCCACAGAAAUUUCUUUUGCCGGUCUACCUCAUGCACCACCUGUAGAACGACGGAAUUCGUUGCUACAAGGUUGCGCUGAUCGACUGCAGCCUCAUCUACCCCUCACGUUUACCCAAUUUGGUUACAACAGUGAUUUUGCCUUAUCUUCAUGCACGAUUAGUCAGGAAGAGAUAACUUUCGAGAGUCGGUUCAUCCUGAAUGGUGUUUGCGUGAUUCUACGCGGUAUUCUGAAUCGAGAAUCAAUGACAGGCUCUAGUACUUUACGAUUUGAUCAAGAAAGUGCUACAGAAGAAGAGCAGCGUCGACAACAGGCUAUGCAACAGUACGGUGAUCGGAUUCAAGCAAUCCGUCAAAGGUUUAAUCUGCCACAGAGUUGA